CUUUCUUACUCACUUUGCCCAUCUCUUCCUCGACUUUAUCAAAAACAGCGUGGCUCGACAAUUCAUCAUGUCUUUCACCAGAACUCCCGCUCAACUGUUAAAACAGGCCACAAAGGCUUCCGUCCCCCGUGCGUCCAAACAGGUCGUCAAGAGGGCGUACUCUCUCCUUGCUCGCGAGGUUCCCAAGGUUACAACCUUCAGCAGACUCGGGGCUACUAGAGGUGUCAAAACUCUCGACUUUGCAGGUACCAAAGAAGACGUUUACGAACGUGCUGACUGGCCUCUGGACAAACUCCAAGAAUACUUCAAAAAUGACACACUCGCCAUGAUCGGCUACGGUUCCCAAGGACAUGGACAAUCCCUCAACGCUCGUGAUAACGGUCUUAAAGUCAUUGUCGGUGUACGUAAAGGCGGUGAAUCUUGGAAACAGGCUCAAGAGGACGGUUGGGUACCAGGAGAGACUUUGUUUGAUAUUCCUGAAGCUAUCAACAAGGGAACGAUCAUCAUGAACCUUUUGUCGGAUGCUGCGCAGAGUCAGACUUGGCCUGAGAUCGCUCCGUUGAUCACUAAGGGAAAAACUUUGUACUUCUCUCAUGGUUUCUCGGUCGUCUACAAGGAUGAUACUCACGUUAUACCUCCUAAAGACGUAGACGUCAUCCUCGUCGCUCCCAAAGGUUCCGGCCGAACCGUUCGAACCCUUUUCCUCGAAGGUCGUGGGAUAAACUCCUCUAUCGCGGUGUACCAAGAUGUCACUGGUAAAGCCAAAGAAAAGGCUAUUGCCAUUGGUAUUGGUAUCGGUUCCGGAUACUUAUACGAGACUACUUUCCAGAAAGAAGUCUUCUCCGACUUGUACGGAGAACGUGGUGUUCUUAUGGGUGGUAUUCAAGGAAUGUUUUUGGCACAAUACGAAGUUCUUCGAAAGAACGGUCAUUCGCCUUCUGAAGCUUUCAAUGAGACUGUGGAAGAAGCCACUCAAUCUCUUUUCCCUUUGAUUGGGAAAUACGGUAUGGAUUACAUGUACAAUGCUUGUUCUACCACUGCCAGACGUGGAGCUCUCGACUGGGCCCCAAAGUUCAAAGAGGCAAAUCUCCCGGUAUUCGAAGCCCUCUACAAAUCCGUCAGGGACGGUACCGAGACCCGUCGGUCGCUCGACUUCAACUCGCGCAAGACGUACAGGCAAGAUCUGCAGAAAGAGCUGGAUGAAAUCGACAACCAAGAGAUCUGGCGUGCGGGAAAGACUGUCCGUGGUCUGAGGCCCGACGCUCAGAAGGACGAGAUCUAAAUCAUCUGAUUGAUAUACCAUCUUCAGUGCCAUAUCUCAAAAGGUCCCUCCUUAUCGAUCGAAAGAACAUGCAUAUGCUUUCUAUCUGUCUCU